AUGGGCCCUGUGUGCGGAGGAACGACAUCGACCGUCAACGGCGGGCUGGGUGGCCUGGAGAACGGCGCCGUGCUGUGGGACUCGCUUCAACUGUUCUUUUGGGAGGGGGAUUUCGGCUUUCUGGGGAACCAAACGCCGCUUGGCCUGUUUGGGAACAACAUCGAGUUUGCGAGCAGUGCCGGCGAGUUGCAACGGCGACGAAGCUGCAAUUGCUCAAGGGAUGAAGAGGCUCCUCUCCUCGCCUGCGAGAUUACCCCGAUUUAUCGCGCUCAAUACGCUGGGCGACAGCAGCCUCGAGGCUUUCGAGAUCUACCAGCGAUUUCGCGAUGGUUUGCUCCUUCGUCCGUCCCUGGCGGCGAGCAUUGUUCGCGACGCUGUCUCAACUAUGAUUACCUCGAACCAUACGGCAACUGCCACGUUCCCCUCGAGUUGACCACCAUCGCUCCCACCGGAAAUCCCAAGCCAGAAGAAUCAUUCAAGCGAUUCCAUGCGCCAUUGAGCCUGUUCCUUGACUGGACUCGAUCUCUUGGAAAUUCCAGCACUGAAAGCCCGUCUGGAAACGCUGAGAGACCCGUCGCUCCAAACGUCCGCCUGUACCUUGCUCAAUGCCAACUGCUCGACCUGGCAGCCCCUCUACGGGAUGACUUCCCGGUUCCGUCCUAUGUCGCGAAUGCAGGGAGAGGGGAUAUUUAUGACACCAAUGUCUGGAUAGGGAUCGCGCCGACGUACACACCCUUACACAAGGAUCCGAAUCCCAAUAUAUUCGUCCAGCUCGCGGGCACAAAGCACGUGAGGCUUCUCCCUCCAGACGCCGGCCUUGCCAUUUUUAGUGCCGUAAGAGAGCAGAUAGGGAGAAGUGGCGGCGCUCAGAAUGCGGCGUUCCGCGGGGAGGAUAUGAUGCGUGGCCUGGAGAAAGACUUGUUAGACCAGGCCAUAUGGGGUCCCCCUGGAAGCAAAGAUAGCGAGGCUCCAAUUAGAUGUGACAAAGAAUGA